CCUAAUGACUCCUCGAUCAAAAGGGCUCGCGCCGUGCUGGCCAGUCCAUCGACAUGACGUAUGAUUUCAAAUUCGAGCUUGCUGUCUUCUGUGAACUAAUCGUUUUUCCUACCGAUUGCUUGAAUUCGGGCUCCCUCCUCCGUGACUUCGACGCCGAUCGCAGAUGAAAAUCGCGAGCGCCGACGGUGACACUCCCACCAUUGUUGCCAACGCUCGCUCAAUCGGCGCCGAGUCGGUCCCGGGUUGGGACCAGCCCUUCACCGACCAAGAACUCGACGACAUCGAAGCCGCCGUCACUACCGCCAUCUCCAAGAAGCGACGGCCCUUCUCCGGCACCGGGAACGACGACGACGAGGACGAACGUCCCGGUGGACCCCGACGGCGUUUGCCCGGGUCAUUUUCUUUGCAACAUAGUAUGCGGAUUAAACUCCCUGUGAUGAUAUUCAGAGGUCGGAUUACGUACAACCGGAGUGCUACUGGUGUAGAGAGAGCCGCAGCACAGCUUUUGAGCAAAAUUGAUGCAAUGAAAGGUGUAAUGGAUCAAGUCAUAAUUGGUUUUGACAUUGAGUAUAGGCCCACUUUUCAAAGAGGUGUUCCACCUCGGAAGACAGCAGUAAUGCAGAUUUGUGGUGACAAUGACCACUGCCAUGUGAUGCAUGUUAUUCGUUCUGGCAUUCCUCCUAGUUUGAAGCUUAUUUUAGAGGAUACCGCAGUAUUAAAGGUUGGAGCAGGCAUAGCUGGUGAUGCUAGGAAGGUGCUUAAGGAUUACAAUGUAUCUGUCAAUGGUUUUCAGGAUCUUUCAGAACUUGCUAAUCAAAAGCUUGCUCUGCCUCGUAAUAGAUGGGGUCUUGCAUCUCUAAGCGAGGUGCUUCUAAAUAAGCAGCUGGAGAAAUCCAUGAAAAUUAGGUGUGGAAAUUGGGAAGCUUUUUUUUUAUCAGAAGAACAACUACUUUAUGCUGCCACCGACGCAUUUGUUUCUUGGCAUCUAUAUCAGGUCUUAAAGAGCCUGCCAGACGCACGAAGGAACAACAUUGAGAAUAACGAAGAGAAACUGACUGUGGCACUGCCAUAAUUACCUUUGAGGUACUUCCAAUCUCGGCACAUCAUUGUUGUUUUCCUUAUUGUUUCUUCUCAAUCUAUUCAGUGUGACUUGGGUGGAGCAUUCUUCCCUCCGCUCCUUCCAGCUUCCUAUUUAUUUUUCAAUACGAUUCAUGAGUUAAGAACGAAGAGCAGAUUUAGGAAUACAUGCAUUUAGUCCAGGGCCUCAAAAGCUUAUGUCUGGCAGCAUCUAUGUUUAUCUAUCAGAUCAUGUACACGAAUGCUAUUGUUUUCUGAUAUCUUUUUGGAAGUUUCUUGGCAAUAUUGCUUAUCAUUGUACCUGCUUGUGGUACCCUCUUCACCAUACUUUCUAACUAACUAACUAAACUAGAAGCAGCACAGGGUUGUUCUGAACUGUUUCGUUGGUCAGCAAGAGUUAAUAAUUAAUAACUGCAGUUGCUACUUGUUCUAUUGUUGAGUCACUAACAAAGAAAAAGCUGCAACUCUUGCUUGGCAUUAACACUGCUGAUAGUCUUGAAGUGUCUGGCAGGAAAAAUUGUAGCAUGCGCUGGGUUCAUGUGAGCCAAGUGUAUAAUAACUGUUAACUUUGGCAGGUCCCAUGAGGGAUCGACGAGAUCUGUGCUGGGCUCACACAAACUCGGUGCAUGCAAUAAUGGCUGAUUCAACAGUCAAGUUUGUUUUCUGACUUCUGAGUUCCUUGGCUGGAAAUCUUAAGGUCGUUAUUAUUGUAAAAGAAGAAAAAUAUAUGAAAUUAUUUAAGAUUGGUUCCAGAUUUUGUUCCGGUGAAUCAAACAGAGAUUGGAGCAUUGUGUUUUGGUUCCUUUUGUCAUAAUUGCAUCUUGGUUAAAACAAUCAAACAUAUCUUAUGGUGUGUUCACAUAAUUUAUGCUGUUGCUUAGCA